UGCUGUAGCCGCCGCCGUCGCUCUUUCGGUUCUUAAGUUUUCGGAUCUUUUGACGACGAAAUAAAACGAGAUAUCGGGAAAACCAUCAAUUUAUGCGUGCCCCUCAGUCAUAAUUUUUCGUUUCGCAGAAUCAUUUUACGUACCAGAAUUAAUCAGUGCCAUACGCAAAUAGUUAAAGCCAUUAAUUCUGUGAGUGUGUGUAUCAAAUUAAGCCCAACGCGUUGCGGUCAUUAAUCAACAUUUAGCACAUGGUAAAAACUGAUUAGCUACAUUGCAAUAAAACAACCUAAAAACAAAACGAAAUCACAUCUCAGAGAAACUUCCACUCGCCCUAAGCCUGGUCUUUCGCCUAGGACACGCCUGACUGCCGCCUGCCAGUUUCCCAGGAUGCCAGAUUGCAAGUGGAGUGGCUCUGGCGUAAGUCGAAAUUGAUGAGCCCCCAUAAGGGGCGUUAUGAAAACAUUAUUUGCGAGCGAAAGCUUCGAUUGAGAAUACAUAAGCAGAAGUCUGAAAUUUCCAAAGAAAUUCGAAAAUAAUUGUGCGUAUAUACACACUCGACACACACAAAGACACACACCCCAUGGCAGUCAAAAUGCUGCCCACUAACAGUUCCGGUGUCCUGGCAACCGAUCUGCAACUGUUUCACAAUGAGAAAUUCCUCUUAAAUCUGACACAAGUGCUGAACAUCUCCGCGGACAACCUGACCAGCCUUCUCCAGGGUCUGGAGCCGGAGGAGCUGCUGCCCACGGUGACCCCGAUGACCCCACUUUCACUGCUGGCCACGUUAAGCGUGGGCUACGCCCUCAUAUUUAUCGCCGGCGUUUUGGGCAACCUCAUCACCUGCAUCGUCAUUUCGCGGAACAACUUUAUGCACACGGCCACCAAUUUUUAUCUGUUUAACCUGGCUAUAUCCGACAUGAUUUUGUUAUGCUCAGGAAUGCCGCAGGACCUCUAUAACCUCUGGCACCCGGAUAAUUAUCCUUUCAGUGACAGCAUCUGCAUAUUGGAAAGCGUUCUCUCGGAAACGGCGGCCAAUGCGACAGUUCUGACCAUUACCGCCUUCACAGUCGAGCGAUAUAUUGCCAUUUGUCAUCCGUUCAGGCAGCACACGAUGUCCAAGUUGUCCCGGGCCGUAAAGUUCAUAUUUGCCAUCUGGAUAGCUGCCCUUUUGCUGGCGCUGCCCCAAGCCAUUCAGUUCUCCGUGGUGAUGCAGGGCAUGGGAACAUCGUGCACGAUGAAAAACGACUUUUUCGCCCAUGUGUUUGCUGUGUCGGGCUUCCUGUUCUUCGGCGGACCCAUGACGGCCAUCUGCGUGCUCUAUGUCCUCAUCGGGGUGAAGUUGAAGCGGAGCCGACUACUGCAGGCGCUUCCCAGGCGAUGUUACGAUGUAAACCGGGGGAUAAGCGCCCAGACGCGAGUCAUCCGGAUGCUGGUGGCGGUCGCUGUGGCCUUCUUCAUCUGCUGGGCCCCCUUUCACGCCCAGCGGCUGAUGGCAGUCUAUGGAUCCACCUCGGGCAUCGAGUCCCAGUGGUUCAACGACGUGUUCAGCAUCCUCGACUAUACGUCCGGUGUUCUCUACUUCCUCUCAACGUGCAUCAACCCGCUGCUCUACAACAUCAUGAGCCACAAGUUUCGUGAGGCUUUCAAGGUAACUUUGGCUAGACACUUUGGACUGGGUGGCAAAAAUCAGGGAAGGGGGCUUCCUCAUACCUACAGCGCUCUGCGGCGUAAUCAAACUGGCUCAUUGCGGCUGCACACAACGGACAGCGUUCGCACCACAAUGACUUCCAUGGCGACGACCACCACAGGGCUAAAUGGCUCUGCCAAUGGGAGUGGCAAUGGAACGACAACGGGUCAGUCGGUGCGCCUAAACCGCGUGUCCUUGGAUAAUCUCCAGAUGCAGGGUCAGAAUCGCAGCCGGCCAGAGCUCUUCGAUAAUCCGCGUCGAAUGCUCCAGACGCAAAUAUCGCAGCUGUCAUCGGUGGGCGAUGCCCAUUCGCUCCUUGAGGAGGAUUUGCAGUUUCCCGGGGAGCCACUGCAGCGCCAGCCCACGAUGUGCUCCAUUGACGAGCUCACAGAUGACUUGGCCAUCUCGCGGUCACGCCUCAAACUUACGCGCAUCACCCGCCCAUCAGGAGCUGUCAAGGGAGGCGUGGCAGGAGGCAGCACUACGGGGGGCUCGGGGGGCGUGAGUGGUGACGAGUUGAGUGGCAAAGUGCGCAAGGCAAAAGUGAAAGUGCUCAAGAGCUCUAGCGCGUUCAAGGGUCUCAGGGCCAAAUUCAAUUGGCGUGCCAGACGCAAAGGCAGCCACAAACCGCACGAAAAUUGGGCGACGGUGAAUGGAGGCGACACUGAAGAGCGGGCCGCCUUUUAAAGGGGGUAACACGGGGGUCAGCAUAUCCUCCAUCUGUACUCGAUAAGCGAAGGAGUCCAUUCCAGUGCCACCUACGUACAUUACACACACACAACUGUGAUACGAGCAGCAAGCGCCACUCCAGCUUGUUUGUGUUUUAAUUUAGACAAAUAUUCCACGUUGGGGUCAAUUAUAUGGUUGUCCUUACCAAUAACCGUAAUAUAGCCCAAAGCUAUAGUUUGAAUUAUAGUUAUAGUGCACGUAAUCGAAUAAAAUAUGUAGUUCAUAA